GGGCACAGGCACGGCCCAGCCGAGACUUUGGGGCAGCGCUGCCCAGCUCAGCGCCUCGCCAGCCUGCCCGCCUGCCUGGCCGAGUUGAGCCGAGCCGAGCCGAGUCGCUGAGCAACCAGGAAAAGCCAAGUCCGUUCCGUGGUCCGUCUGGCGGCUCCGCGCUCCGCGGCUGGCUCUGGCAGCUCUGGCUCUCGGCCCGAGGAGACGGAGACGGGGAUAUACACGGGAAGGGGCCUUUCGCUCCGCUUCGCCUUCGUCAGAUCGCCUCGCCACAGUGCGCCGCGCCAGGCCGAUCUGUGCCGUGCUGGUGGCCGAGUGCCGUGUGUGCUGCUAAACAUUGCCAGUGGAGUGUGCGUGUGUGUGUUGUUGUUGUGUUUUGCUGGGGCCUAGCCUGCUCUGAGGCGCGCCCAAGCAGCCCCAGUUGUUGGAGUAGUCAUCGGCGAUAACCUUCAGCGGCCAGGAUGACGUCGCCGAGAAAGUUCGCCGAAAAGAUCGCCCUGCACAACCAGAAGCAGGCCGAGGGCACGGCCGAGUUCGAGCAAGUGAUGCGCGACGUCCACAAAGCCGUCAAGGCAGAUGCAAGGAAGAGUGUUGGAAUUAGUCAAACAGAGGAAACACAAUCCAGUUGUGCCUCACAACCUAUACUUGCAAAGGCUGGUGUCCAAGCCAGCCCUGUGGUGGUUUCGAAGAUUCCUGGACAGCCGGCCGGCCCGAGCCCCGCGCUCAGCCCCGCGCCGAGCCCCGUGCCCAGCCCCUCGCCCGCGCUCAGUCCGGCGCUCAGCCCCGCCGACGAGCACCAGGCCCCUCCAGGGGGCGGCGGCGGCGGUGGCGGCGGCGGGCGGGGGCGUAGCGCCGGCGUGGGGCCCAUGCGGUCGCGGCCCGUGGACAAGCAACGCCUCGACACGUCGCCCUAUGGCACCCCCAUCUCCAUGGGCUCCACCAUGGGGCCGUACCUGUCGCCGCCCGCCGACACCACCUGGAGGAGGACGCACUCGGACUCCGCGCUGCACCAGAGCUCCACCACGCCCAUGCAGGACUCGCUCCUCAGCCCCCUCAGCCCCGCCACGGCGCGACGCGUGGACCACCACCAGGCCAUGGCGGAGCAGCGGAACCGCCGGCACUUGUCCGCGUCGCCAACGUCUCAACCCAGAGCGAGUUCAAACAACAUGUAUCAGCUUCAGCAGGAGAUGCAGUCUAUCCCCACCGGCUCUUUGCCAGAUCUCACAAAUCUACACUUCCCUCCACCGUUACAUACACCUUUGGAUCAGGAUGAUUCCAAUUCCAUUUAUGGAUCUAGUCCAAGAAAUAAUUCAACAUCCAUGCUCUCUCCGACUGGGCAGAUACCAGGGGGCGAUAGAUUUUCGUACUCUCCUCACACAUCACGAGGCCCAAGCCCAGAACCUGGCCACCACAGUCCCCACAGCCCACACAGCCCACACAGCCCACAUAGCCCACACAGCCUUCAAAGUCCCCUCAGCCCACACGGCCCGCACAGUCCUAAUUCACUUACUGUGCCAGGGCACUUUAGGUUUCUGCAUGCUUGUAAGGGCGUGAUUCAAGAUAAUGGAGUUGAUCUACAACCACAACGGCAGGAGAACCAUCAACAGCAGCAGCAACAGUACCUGUAUCAGCACCAAGACGAUUCUCAUUUAGUAUCUCAUAUGAAUGCAUCAUCACCAAUUAACAUAAACAAUACCAACCUCCAGCAUUCUACACAUGAUAUCACAUCAUUGAACUCGUACAGAAAUCCACAAUGUAUCACAAGACCUAGUCCUCAGAGCUCACCUAGUCUAUCAGCUCAGCAUUACCGUUGCAACAGUCCUCAUAGUGCCCCGCCGAGUCCUAUAUCGGUUGGAAGUUCUCCAAGCUAUAUUCCGGAGAACAGCUUCUACUCUCAAGCCCAGGCUGCGUUACAGCAAGGACUUGAGCAGUUUUCUAUGCAAGGACUGGAUUUAUGUCAGCUUGUUCACUCACUUGUGGAGAAUAGUUCAACUUGGGAUACUGAACUUCAGUCUGAUGAUCCGCUGACGCAAGUUCAUGAGCUUACUCCAGAUCCAGGCUAUUUCAGCACCUCUCCUGCUCAGCUUCAUUACUCACAGAAUCAAAGUCAUGGUCACCAUAACAACAUGUGCGAUUCAAGAACACAACAACCUCAAACCCCAAAUACACCAACAAGUAUUCCAGACAUAAUUCUGACUGAUGCUGAUGAUCUAGCCAAAGAACUUGGCUCUGCUAUUAAUGUUGGGUCGCUGGAUCUAGAUGACUUUCCUAGUGAAGCACUAAGAGAAAGUCUGAGUAGAUUAGAUGCUGAAGCUCUUGAUAUGCUUACAAACCCCGACAUGGGCAUGGUUACUGACCCAGCUACGGAGGCUCACUUCCGCUUGGAGAAUGACAACAUGUAGUGUUCAGCCCAGGCAGAUUUUGACCCUGAUUUAGAUCUUGUCCUGGAGAUAGGACUUGAACUGGAUCAGGAAAACUCUGCCUGAAGAUAAGUAAUUCUUUUACUUAAAACAAAAUGGACUUUUGUGAUGUGUCUUAUCACAAUAUUUUAUUUUAUAAGUUUUCUAUCAAUGUGUAAAGUUUUUCUUAAGAGUUUUAUUGUUCAGAAAGAACACCUUAUGUUAACAGUGAUAUGAAUCAUCUUGGCACAGCUUUGUUGAGGAAAGCACCUGAUAUCUGCUACAUUUCAAGUACAAAUGAAGCAAUUUAUGCUAAGUCAAUCAUGGUGGCAAUACCAUUGGACUAUUUGGACCAUCUAAUGAUGUUAAGGUGGUUUAAGAAAUCAAUCAAAAAUUGACUUGUCUGAUAUCACUGUAGCACAGUUACUGAUUUUUGAAGUUUUCAGAAUGUCUCAUCCUUCACUUUAAUAUGCAGUCUGGAAUGCUGCGCUAUGACAAAAUGUGUUUGAGAAGGCCAAAUUUUGGUUGAACCACCCGUCCAUUUUUGUCCACUGUUCUAGACCAGUUAUGUUUAUGUAUGCUACCACGAGCUGUGUGUGUUACUUAAAAUAUUGAAUUUGUUUUAUGUGGAGAGCAAUUUACUUUUGUCAUUAAGGAAAAACGUCUGGUUAAAGGAGUGUAAUGAACUGUGUUGUCUAAUUCUUCAAUUGCUAUAUUUUUGGUAGCAUGCAUCCUGUAUCAAUUAUACUACCUUUGGCACCACAUAACUUAACAGAAGUAUUCUUUAUGCUAUGGUGCUUUUUGUUAAUGUUUUCAUAUAGACUAUUCACAUUUUUUUAGCUUCUUGUUACUUUAAGUACUCUGUAUACAUGGCUGUGAAUAUGUAAUUUGGAAACUACAGCAAUUGAUAUCUGCAAUUAGUGUUCUAAUUGGGGAGAUGAAUAUGAAAUUUGACUUGGUUGUUAGAUAUGUAUCAGCUAGCAUACUUUCGUUUCUACUUACAUGAAUGUAAAUCAUUGUGAGCUGAACUUUUGCAGUAUUUGUACUUUCAAAAGGCUUCUACAUAACUUGUUAAAUAUGUUCAAUUUAUUGUAUUUUAAACUAUUUGUUGACAGUGAUUGCUUGUGAAAAACUUUGUGGCACAAAUUGUUUCACUUAACUUUAUAUCAUGAGUUGUGGUGGAAUGUAUAUUGAAGCAAUUCUGUGAUAAUGUGUAAUGUUGCUUCUGUUAAACAUUUUAUCACUUUUAAAAUUGAAGAUUUUAGAGAAUUUAUUGACAAUGUCAUAUUCAAUCUUUUUAUAGUUUAUCUAUGUAUUAUUUCUUUAUUAGUUUUUUUUGUUAUUUUGUUCUUUAUAGUUGUAGGUUUUGGAAUUUAAUUCGGCUUGUUAGUGUUUUGUUAAUGAAUGGCAUUUUAAAAAUACAGACUGAAUACAAUCUCUUCAAGUUCACUGAGUUCCAAGCUGUGCUUCUGUGCUGCUCUUUGAUGCGGUGCUCGUGAUAUUGAUUUUCAGAAGCGCACAUGUUGAUAUGCAUUUAAGUAACAACUGGCUGAUGGAAUAUUUUGUGUGCGUACGUUUUGGUCCCGGCAUAUCAUUUUUUAGGAUUUUGGAGACUGAACAUGACGGUCACGAUUUAAAGACGAUUCGUAGUGGCAUGUUUUGUGUGCACCAUGUGAAACUCAUUGGCUAUAAAUAUAAAAAAGUGUAAGCGGCUCUUCACAUUUUGAAUGACUCUGAAAAACAGUGUGAACCUGUGUUUUUUUUUUUUAAACCAUCAAAUGACAUUUGGACAAAAGCAUAUUCAGGAUCUCAAGAAGUAGCAUUUGUAGUUGCUACUUUUUUGGAGAUUCAGCAAUCGUAGCGCUAAAUUUUCAUUACCAUGCUUAUGUGACCUUAAGAUUGUCUCAAGAAUUUAUCCCCUUUCCAUCAAUUUGCAUUCAUACUAUAUGCCUGUUUGUCUUUUAAAAUUCUGUUUCAUUUUACAUUAGUUUUGUCACUUGCCUUCACCUUAAGUUGCUAAGAUCUUGUGCAGAUUAAUUGGAUUGUCAAGGCCAGGUUGUUUCCUUCAUCUCUCUGGCCAACAAUAUUGGAUCUUUUAUCUUUUGUUCAGUCCUCAAUAUCCGUCUCGCUCCUGAUUGUGUAUCAAAACCAUUUUCACAAUUGGUAGAGUUUGGUUAAAUGUGUUGACUAGCUUACCCAUGAGGUACUUUAUGGUAGGCUCAUUCAGGCUGAGAAAAUCUGCUGGCCAUGGUUUUCCUUUUUCUUGUUGCAAAUAUUUGAAGGAACAUGUUUGUGAAGGGCUACUUCCUGGUGCCUCGUGAUUGUAACCGGAUUCUACUUGUUCUCUCUGCAUGUGCAAGCUUUGUUAUGUUUAAAACUUAAUUAAGUUGUCUGUCUUAACAUCACAGCUGAACAACCGGCACCGUUCUCAUCCGACGUACCUGACCGUAGGUUUAAGUGCUGUGUUCAUUUGACAGGCUGAAUUUCUUUCAAGUAUAUCUUCUGUGCUUAGUGCUAAGAAUUUUUAGGUUUAAGUUAUGAGACUGGUCUACCUUGGUGUGUGGGCUAGAAACUUUUUAUGACUUGACUGAAUGACCACAAAUUACAGUUGUGAUUCUGGCAACCUUAUUCUUUACUUUUAUUGGUGUUCCAUUGUAAAUAUUGAGUGGCUUGUGUAAUGAUUGGAAGUGCAAAUACUUUUAAGUGUUUAUAGCUGAAGUUCAUUCAAUAAACAGGGAAGCAUUAACUUUGUCACUCCACAGUGUCUGUUGAAAUACAUAAGCAGUAUCUUUGGAAGAAGCCACUUUUCUCUUAAAGUAGAUCAAAACAUUCUUGUCAGUAUUCGAUGUUUAUUGCAAGCUUCUGUGAUGCAGGCUCCUGUUUGUGCCAAAAUCGUGUGUUUGAAAAUUUGGCACCUACUUUUGAGUAUGAAAAUUGAAUAAUAUUUAUUAUAAAUUUGACUAAAUGGUUCCAACUAACAGAAUAUUGGGAUCUGUUACAAACCAUGCCUCUGGACGGAUGCAUUGAAACACGCACAUGUAUUGAUCUGGAUGAAGCUCUGAAAGCGAAACUAGAGAAAGAAUAGCAAAAUGCACUAGUCCAUGGUGUUUUACAGUAUGUCAUUUUAUGUGGACUUGUGAUUGAAUGAACUUUGCCACACAAACGGCUGAGGGAAAGUGUGUAUAAAAUUGUCAUGUAUUUUGGGCUUGACAAUGCCAUAUAUAACUGCACGUGAAAUUUUUCUAUUAGAUUAUUUAAAAAUUAUUUAAACAUUUUUGCCUGUCUAUUAUCUCUGAACAGUUGUCUUGUUAGAAGUGUCGAACCAAUUAACAUACACCAAUGUUCCAGUAGAUCUUUUUUACUUUCUUGUUGUUAAGAAAUAGUGCAAAUUAAAGACAAUGAAAACCAU